AUGCAGUGGCUUCCCUCUGUUCCGUACCCGCCCUCCAAAGCUGGGUUCUGGAGUCCCGUCACCUCUACUCUCAACUGGUGCGAAGAGGACUACUAUGCCACUAUAUACUCCGCCGAAAUAGUCAACACCUUGACGAACUUGCUUUUUAUGUGGUUGGGCGUUAAGGGCAUUAUCAGCUGCCUGCGCAAUCAACAUGACCAGAUCUUCCUGGUGGCUUUGUUAGGCUACCUGGUGGUGGGAACUGGCAGUUUUCUUUUUCAUUCAACCCUGAAAUGCAAGUAUCUCCGCGAGGAUACAGACCCCAUGCAACUAGUUGAUGAGCUUUCCAUGAUCUACACAACCUGCCUGAUGGCCUACGCUAGCUUUUCCUAUACUCGCUCGCUAGGCGUGCGAAUUGUAUUAGGUGCUUCAUUAGCAUUCCUCUCCGUCUUCAUCACCCUCUACUACCACUACCUCCAGGAUCCUGUCUUCCACCAAAAUGCCUACGCUCUUCUGACAGCCGUCGUCGUCUUUCGCAGCAUGUACACAAUGGAGACGACUCUGCGACCCCGGUGGCGCAAGUCUCGCGAAGAAGAUCGGCUGGAACGGCAGAAGCAGGGGCUUCCGGUACCUACCAAGGAGCGUCAGCACUAUGAGAACGUGCGGGACACGAAAACUCUCAAGACAAUGUGGUUCAUGGUGGUGUACGGGCUGAGUAUGUUUCUCGGAGGGUUUGCAAUCUGGAACCUAGAUAACCAAUUCUGCUCCAACAUUCGCCGGUGGAGGCGGGUAGUGGGUCUGCCGUGGGGGAUUUUCUUGGAGGGACAUGGGUGGUGGCAUAUCAUGACCGGCCUCGGAGCAUACCUGUACAUCGUCUGGGGCAUCUGGUUACGACAUUGUCUGAACGGAAAUCAGGAAGACUACCAUCUGCGCUGGGCGCACUUCUGGCACAUCCCCGAGGUUAUCCGCACGACUCCUAUAUCGGAGAAUAGCGUCGCCCGAGACAAGAAAUCCACCUAG